GAAAUACUUUCGUUUCUAAUCUUCCGACAUUAUGUCAAGUGAUGAUACUGGUGAGAUCGCGGCUAUUAGUGUUACCCUUUCUGUCGUCGUUGUUGUGGUGAAGAUAGCCAUCAUUGUAUAUGUAUGCAAUAAACGAUCUAAGACGCAAACGGAGCAAUUCAGUAACGACUCCCGUUUUAUUCCCCUGACUAUGGUUAAAUUUCUGGAUGACAUGGAAAGAGAAAAACCCAUUCGAUUCACUUCUCAACAGUUAAGAAUAGCAACAGAAAACUUCAGUAUCUUAUUGGGUUCAGGUGGGUUCGGGACAGUUUACAAGGGUCUUUUCAGCAACGGUACAGCUGUCGCCGUGAAAGUACUAAACGGAACCUCCGACAAGAGAAUUGAAGAACAAUUCAUGGCGGAAGUAAGCACAAUGGGAAGAACCCAUCACUUUAAUCUCGUCAGGCUUUAUGGGUUUUGCUUCGAGUCAAGUUUAAGAGCUCUUGUGUACGAAUUUAUGGUCAACGGCUCCCUGGAUAAUCACUUGUUUAAAGCAAGCAAAGGACCGAUUAUAGGGUUUGAGCAGCUCUACGAGAUUGGUCUGGGAACUGCAAGAGGUAUCGCUUACUUGCAUGAAGAAUGUCCUCAAAGAAUCGUUCAUUAUGAUAUCAAACCAGGAAACAUACUUUUGGAUUCAAAGUUUUGUGCAAAAGUGGCGGAUUUCGGUUUAGCUAAACUCUGCAACAGGGAUAACACUCAUAUAACCAUGACCGGAGGACGUGGUACUCCUGGAUACGCCGCCCCAGAGCUCUGGUUUCCUCUUCCUGUUUCACACAAAUGUGAUGUUUAUAGUUUCGGUAUGCUACUCUUUGAGAUCAUCGGAAGAAGGAGGAACAUGGACGUGAGACUUGCAGAUAGUCAACAAUGGUUUCCAAUAUGGGUGUGGGGGAAAUACGAAAGGAAAGAGUUGAAAGAUUUGAUGAUAGUUUGUGCGAUUGAAGAGAAGGAUCAUGAAGCUGUUGAGAGGAUGCUUAAGGUAGCUCUUUGCUGCGUUCAGUAUAGACCGGAGACUCGGCCUGUGAUGAGCAUCGUUGUGAAAAUGUUGGAAGGUGCAUUACCGGUGCCGGAGCCUUUAAAUCCGUUUUCGUAUCUGUUCUCGGGUGUUAAUGAAGCUGAUGAUUCUUUGGCUCGAUUGGCUUGGAAUGGUGGUGGUUCUGAUUGGUCUUCGUCUGAUGUUAACACCAAGUCUACUGUAGUUGCAGGUACACCUUUGAUGAGGAGACAUGAGAUCACAAUGGCAUCGGACUAA